AUGGAGUCAUCCUCAACUAAUUUUUCAAGAUUUUUCAGCUCUUCCCUCAAUGCUUCUUCUAGUAUCUCCUUCAUGGAUAUUAAAACUAAGGUGGCUCCGUUAUUAUUUCAAGCAUUUGAGAGCGUUCCUCACUUAGAGCAAAUUUCAUACAUAGUCAUGCAAGGUCUCUCCUUUUCAUAUUAUAGAGAUCAUCUUCAAAUUUUGGCAAUGUUCUCCAACUCAUCAUCUUCAUCUACUCUAUAUUAUAUCCAACAUGUAGAUCAAGAUAAUGGAGAACCCUAUGGUGAACCUACAAAAUACAAUUUUUCGUCUAUUAACACAAGUUGGAUUUCUGAAGCUCUUCAAUUUUCUUAUUCAUAUGCAUUCAGCAAUGCCUCAUCAUUGCGAACCAAUUGGAGCAUUAUUGUUGAUAAUGGCCACAACCCUUUGUUUCUCAACUCCGCAAGAGUCACAAGAACAAGUGUGAUCUCUCUAGGGUUCUCGGAAACAACAGUAACUGAUUUUCUCAGGGCUCAAAACAAUGAUCUUCAUCAAAGUUCAAUGAGCAUGUCUUGGGCUACAAAAGAUGGAAGGGCUAUUGUACAAGGGAUCCGAAAUACUCGUUUGGUGAUUUCUAAUGAUACAGUUUUGCUUCAAUUAUUGGACCAAAAUGGAAACCCUAAAGGUGUUGGAGACACUGCUAUACCAUGCAACAAUGAAAGAUUUGGAUCUAGUUUGAAUAUUCAGAAUACGGAAUAUUUGAUUCACUGCAGCACAAUUGAUGUCAUGGGAAUAGAAUCGGUAUAUGUUGUGGCUAUUCGAAAGAAUGAAUUACUUAGCUUUGACCAGCAUUAUAAGAAAAAAGGGUUGACUGUGUUGAUUGUAAUGAUAUUGAUGAUAUUGAUUGCUCUCGUGAGCUUUCUAAGCAUGAAUGCAAGAAAUGCAAAGAGAGAAAUGAGAUUGCGUGCCUCACUCUUGAAACAAAUGGAAGGCACCCAACAAGCUGAGAGAAAGAACAUGAAUAAAAGCCUUGCAUUUGCUGCUGCCAAUCAUGAUGUUAGGGCUUCUCUUGCGGGCCUUACUGCUCUGAUAGACAUGUCCUUUGACUUUGUUCAAAAUGCGUCUGAAUUGGACACCAACUUAAAACUAAUGAAGGGUUGCACCCAAGACUUACUAGGGCUGCUGAAUUCUAUACUUGACACAAGCAAAAUUGAGGCUGGAAAAAUACAGCUUGAGGAAGAGGAAUUUGAUGUAUCAAUUCUGUUGGAAGAUAUAGUUGACUUAUACCACCCUAUGGCCUCAAAGAAAGGUGUGGAUCUAAUCUUGGACCCUUGUGAUGGUUCUAUUAUUAGAUACUCACGUGUCAAAGGAGACAGAGGAAGACUCAAACAAGUUUUGUGUAAUCUUUUGAGCAAUGCUGUUAAGUUUACUGAUGAGGGGCACAUAGUGGUUAGGGCAAGAGCUCAAAAGCCAAGCUUGCACAAUUCAUUAAUGGCUGGUAAUAGUGAAAAACAUGGAUUCAUGGGACGUUUAUCAUGCUUAUGUUUGAAGAAAAUUAGCAGUGAUGAAAUUGAAGGCACGAGUAAUUCAACACACGCAGAUCCAUAUUGCGUUAUGGAUUUUAUAUUUGAAGUGGAUGAUACGGGAAAAGGAAUCCCCAAAGAGAAGUACGAGUCUGUGUUUGAGAACUAUAUCCAAGUCAAAGAAACUUCCCUUGGAGUUGGAGGAACUGGCUUGGGACUUGGGAUUGUGCAAUCACUGGUGCGUUUGAUGCAUGGAGACAUUGAAAUUUCAGAGAAGGACGUGGGAGAAAAGGGAACAUGCUUCAAGUUCAAUGUUAUCCUUAAUGUAUACGAGACAAUCACGAAUGCUGCUAGCACAAAAGAAGAAGAAGGUGUUGAUGAAAGAAACCACACUCAGGCACCAUUACCAACCCUUCAAAGUUGUAGCUCCGGUUCAAGCAUUCGUUCCCUUAGUCCAAGAUUCCGAAUCCGCAGCUCCAGUCCCAAGCCAGAGCCUUCUCGUGUCAUUAUGCUAAUCGCCGACGAGUAUCGGCGGAAGGCCACAGAGAAGUUCAUGGAGGGCUUAGGGAUCAAAGUUGCCGCCGCGAAACGGUUGGAGGAUCUAUUUGAUGUCUUGAAGAAGAUGAAACAAAAGUGUCUGUAUUCAAGCAGCCACAGUAGUGGUUCUCAAGGAUCAGAGUAUUUGAGUGCGAGCUCUCAUUCCCGUUCCAGCAGAGUUAGAGUUGCAUUGAGUUCUAUGGAUGGAAAGACGGAUAUUGGAGCAGCAUCUAAUGGCUUUAUCCUUAUUGUGGUUGAGACAGAUGCAGGGCCACUUUUGGAGCUGUGUAAGAUAGUUUCCAACUUCAAAAGAGGGCUUUGUAACCCUUGUCAAGUUGUUUGGUUAGAUAAGAAGAUUCUCUUUAAGAAUCUUGAUAAGGACACGAUUGAUCCCAAGGACAUGGUUCUAUCGAAACCGUUUCACGGUAGCCGUUUGUUCCAGGUUAUAAAGCUUCUUCCUGAGUUCGGUGGAUCCAAAUUGAACACUCAGGAAUCCUUUGUGGAUCAAUCUUCUGUAAUACAAGAAUGUGAGGAUACAGAAAAGCCGUUGAGUGGUAAGAAAAUUUUGGUGGUUGAUGAUACUCCAUUGAUGCGCAUGAUUGCUUUGCGUACUUUGAUCAAGCUUGGAGCGAUUAUAGAGCAGUGUGAGAAUGGAGAAGCAGCUGUGCAUCUAGUUGGUGAUGGUUUAAUCAAGGAUUUUCCUAAUCCCCCUUACGAUUACAUCUUAAUGGAUUGCCAGAUGCCAGUAAUGAACGGGUUCGAGGCAACAAGGAAAAUAAGAAAGAUAGAGAAGAGGUAUGGUAAUAUUCGCAUUCCUAUAAUUGCAUUAACAGCUGACAGUGACAAAAUGACCAUAGAUGCUGGAAUGGACUUUCACUUGGUAAAGCCUAUCGACAGAAACAAAUUUCUUGAAGCCAUUCGAGACAUCAAUGCUAAAAAGCGCUCCAUUUAA